AUGGAUUAUACACAAUUGACUGACGAAGAGGUGACCUACGAGCUGGCUUUACGCCACGUAGUCAACCUAGGACCAACGACCCACAGAGGGAAGGUCCUUCGUCUCAAGGCACUCAUGCAAGAGGAGUCCUUGAGAGACAGUAAGCCCACCAGCUCGGAACAUGUCAUGAGUUCCCAGUCCAAUCUAGAACAAUGUGAAUCGCAAGUUCACCAGCUGCAUAUUAGCGCCGAAGCUGCCAUUCGGACGGCUAACAGCGCAGCCUUAAGUCAAAUCCGGACUCGUCUGUACCAUUACCGCGAUCGCUUGCAGUUGAUUCAACCUCCAACCGAACUGCGGGAAACUCAUGCAAUGUUAUCGGUGCACGUAAACGUUUUACUAGAUAAGGUGAACGGAACAAGUGUAGUGAAUGGUGUACCGCGAAGUGAGAGUGUUGUGAGUCAAGCAACUUCGACUGGAGCCAUAAGGAGGAACAACGGCGGAGAUGAAGGAGCAGUCGGAGGAGAAACCACGAUGCCAGUGGAAAGCACUUCGAGACAAGACACUACACCACCACCAGCAGUGCAGCCACCGCUCGUGACGUCAUUCUCGGGUGGACAAGGCAGAGGAUUGUUGUUCUCGAGUUCGUUCCAAACGCGAGACAGCGAAGAAGCAGAACAAGCAGAUACGAGGCACCGAAACACCUCACCUCCCCCUCCCUACCUGCCGCGAGAUCGGGAAACAUGGAACCCGUCGACCAGGGAACAAGAAUCGCGGGAAAACCGCGAAUUGCAAGCAAGAAUCAGGGAGAUGCAGGAGAGAGAACAACACAUGCGUGAGGAGUACUACAGAAUGCGAGACGACCUGGAGCGGUUGAUCCGCCGAGAGCGACCAGCACCGGAACGAGCGGACGAUCGCCGAAUACAGAAGGCCGUUCACAACUGGCCUUUCAAAUUUCGCGGCGAGAAGGACACGACAUCACUCAACGUGUUCCUAGAUCGCGUGGAGACAUUCGCGAGAUCGGAAGGCAUGAGCGAUGCUACACUCCUGAGUUCGAUCAAGCAUCUACUCCAAGAGGACGCAAUCGACUGGUAUUCACGAGCAACGUCGCAAAACUUGUUGCGGACUUGGGACCAGUUCAAGCGAGAGAUUCGAAGAGAAUUCCUGCCCAGCGGCUACUCCCAAAUUCUCCGUCUGGAAGCUAGCUUCCGAUUCCAAGGAAGGGAGGAAUCCUUCGCGAAAUUCUAUCGCGACAUUUCAGCGCUCUUCCGCUUCGUCGAUCCACCAAUUCCAGACGACGAAAAGUUCUUCCUGGUGAAGAAGAACAUGAACGAGAACUACGCAGCUAUCGUCACAGCAGCGAGACCUCGUUCACUGGAGGAAAUGGUGGAAGUCUGCACCGGAUACGACGAGACGAGAAUGCUUCUGAACAGGCAACGUAGGAUUCCGAUUCCGCACAGCGCGCUUCUGGAACCGAACUUCGCCACGCCAGUGAUAACCAGCAGACCACCACCGGUUCAGCAUCACCAACAGCCACAGCGGUUCAACAGAGUUCACGCCGUGGAGGUAGAAGAAAGCGCUUACGAGCACGAAGCAGUGGAGGAGGGACCAGAAGACAAUUGGCAGCAUACCAUCGACGAACUGGUUGAGCAAGUCAACGCGCUGAAGAUGAACCUGGAGCGGAGAUCUGCGAGGCCAAACUUUGCCGCACGCGACGAGAAGCAGUCAAGAUCGACGGACAGGUACAACCGUACAGAAGCUGAUGUUCUGAGAGCAGCGCGACAGUACACAAGAGAAGCGCAAACUCCGGCACAGCAGCAGCGGCCCCAAGCCACAUCGUUUCCGACUCGGCAACCACAACAGCAGCAAGAACAGCCGCAAAGAGCACAGGGCUGGCAAGCGCGACAGUGGAUUCAAAGCUCGGAUCCGAGCGACAGUAACCGAAGAUACCAACGUCUGCUGCCAGAACCAGGUAGACAACGGGAAGAUCGACAAGUAGAACAGCAAGAAGCUCACAACGACCAACGCCCAGCCAUGCUCUGCUGGAACUGCGACGAGGAGGGCCACAGAUUCAUGGACUGUCCGAAGCCACAAGCCAUUCUCUUCUGCUACCGCGGAGAACCAGCAGUAGAGGGGAGCAGCUCUCCGCAAAAUCUCGGAGACCCCUCCGAUAUCCCGGAAUUUCAAAACCUCAACUCAAUCAUUAUCAACCCCGGAAGUGACAAUCGACCACACGCCGUCAUAUCAGUGCUGGGAAAGGAGUUGACAGCUUUGCUGGACAGUGGAGCGAACUGCUCUCUGCUAGGAGGAAGAAGAGUCGAACUGGCAGAGGAAUGCGGAUUGCAGAAAGGAACCGUCAGCGGCGGAAUAAAGACGGCAGACGGCACGAGACACAACAUCGCAAAUUUCGUCUAUUUACCGAUCGUGUACAACAACCGCAACGAAGUUCUUCCAGUGCUGUUGGUGCCUUCGAUUCCAGACUGCAUCAUCCUGGGAAUGAAUUUCUGGGACAAAUUCGGUGUAAAAGCGGUGUGUUGCACACUAGAAGCGAAGCAGGAAGACCAGAUCAGCGAAGACCAGGAGAUGAAGCAGCUCAGCCCCGAACAACAACGGCGCUUAGAGCAGGCGAUCCAGAAGUUUCCGAAAGCGGUAGAGGGAAGACUAGGACGCACGAAGCUGUACGAGCAUCGAAUCGAUGUGGGGAGCGCACCGCCCCGUAAACAACGGCAUUACCCUAUGUCGCCGUAUGUUCUACAGGAGGUCAACAAAGAGAUCGACCGGAUGAUAGCGCUGGACGUCAUUGAGGAGGCGCAGUUCUCGCCAUGGAACAAUCCGCUGGUCGCCGUCAAGAAGAAAACUGGGCAGUAUCGCGUCUGUCUGGACGCGCGUCACCUCAACUCCAUCAUGGUGAACGAGGGCUAUCCGAUACCCCAGAUUGCAGCGAUCACCAACAACCUCCGAAGCAGCAAAUACAUUUCUUCGAUCGAUCUCAAGGAUGCCUUCUGGCAGCUACCACUUCAUCCAGGUUCGAGACAACUGACAGCCUUCACCGUUCCAUCCAGAGGCCACUUCCAAUUCAAGGUGGUGCCUUUCGGGCUGUGUACGGCAAGUCAAGCCCUAGCGAGACUUAUGACCCACCUAUUCGCCGAUCUAGAACCGCUGGUAUUCCAUUACCUAGACGACAUCAUCAUCUGUUCCGAGACAUUCGAAGAGCAUAUCGCUCUGCUCGAAGAAGUAGCCCGCCGGCUACGCCAAGCGAAUCUCACGAUUUCAUCGGAGAAGUCCAAGUUCUGCCGGAAAAGCAUGAAGUACCUAGGCUACGUGAUCGACGAGCAAGGUUGGCGAGUAGACGACGAGAAGAUCCAAGCGAUCGUACAAUUCCCGACUCCAACAACGCGCAAAGAAGUGCAGCGGUUUCUCGGUGUUUGCAACUGGUACCGACGCUUCAUCGCCGGUUUCUCGCAGCUAGCAGCUCCGCUAACAAACUUGACGUCAGGAAAGACCAAGUUCCGUUGGAAUCCGAUAGCUGAAGAAGCGUUCCUAAAGCUGAAAGCAGCUCUGGUUUCGGCACCGGUACUGGCGAUGCCGGACUACAGCAAACCGUUCGCCAUAGCGUGCGAUGCCAGCGACACAGCAAUCGGAGCAGUGCUAACGCAGGAGAUCAACGGCGAGGAACAUCCCAUCAGCUACUUCUCGCAGAAGUUGUCAGCGUCGGAGAGAAAGUACUCGGUCACGGAGCGGGAGUGCCUCGCAGUGAUCCGAGCGAUCGAGAAGUUUAGAGGCUACGUAGAAGGAAUCCGGUUCAUUGUCCACUGUGACCAUGCAGCACUCAGCUACCUGAAGUCGAUGAAGAACCCGACGGCUUUGAUGAGCCGGUGGCUGUUGCGUCUGAACGCGUUUGAUUUCGAGAUCCGGUACAGGAAGGGUUCCAUCAACGUUGUUCCAGAUGCUCUCUCGAGGACGGUGGCAGAAGCAGUCUUCACGGUAGACCAAGUCCUGGAUCCGUGGUACAGGAAGCUGGUGGACAGAGUAAAGAGCGAAGCAGAUAAGUUCCCGGACUUCCGUAUAGCAAACGACACGCUAUUCAAGAACUGCCGUUGCAAGGACGAGGUGGGAGCAGUUUACCACAAGUGGAAGCAAGUCGUUCCGAAAGAAGAGAGGUUCCAGCUAAUCCGAAGAUUCCACGACGAACCGGCAGCAGCGCAUCUUGGUUUCUACAAAACCUGGCACAAGCUACAAGCCCACUACUACUGGCCACAGAUGCAACAGGAGAUUCACGAUUACGUUAUGAACUGUGCGACCUGCAAAGCGUGCAAGGCACCGGGGAAAAGAAUGAUGCCGCAAAUGGGAAACCCGAAGCCGGCGAAGACCCCUUGGGAGAUGAUUUCGGUGGACUUUGUCGGUCCGCUCACACGUUCCAAACGAGGAAACACGGUUUUGUUGGUAGUAGUAGACUGGGUCAGCAAGUAUGUGAUCGUCAAGCCGAUGCGUACAGCGGAUUCGCAGAAGAUGGUGGAGUUCCUGGAAGAAGAAGUUUGUCUGAAGUUCUCUCGGCCGCGGCUGAUACUGUCCGAUAACGGGAAACAGUUCGAAUCGAUGGUCUUCAAAUCCUGGCUGGCAAAGCACAAUAUCGGCCACAUGAAGACAGCGUUCUACUGUCCGCAGGUCAAUAACGCCGAACGCGUCAACCGCGUCGUAGUAACCUGCAUCCGGGCAUUGUUGGACGGCGAUCAUCGAGAGUGGGACGAAAAGCUACCGGCGAUCACGGCGGCGAUAAACGCUGCUCGGCACGAGGCGACGGGCGUCAGUCCACACGAAGCCAACUUCGGACGGAACCUGUUGUUGCACACGGAUCUGUACACGCAGCAGGAACUCAACACGCCCGAAGACCCGAAGGUAGCGCAGGACCUGCGACUUUCUGCGAUUCGUCGAAUCCAAAAGCUUAUCAUCGAGCGGAUUAAGAACAGCCACCAGCGGGCGAAGCAGCGAUACAACCUUCGCACAAGAUCAGUAGCGUUCAAAGUCGGAGACCUGGUUUGGCGGCGAUCGUUCGUACUCUCUUCGAAGGCGGACCAAAUCAACAGCAAGCUCGAGCCGAAAUUCGUUCCGGCAGUUGUCAAGGAGAUCAUCGGGACGAACCUGUACGUGUUAGAAGAUGUUCUGAGCGGCAAGAAGGGAAGAUACCACGCGAAGGACAUCAAGGCGGACUAAACGAACGUGUGCAAGCUAUGCAAACAGGCGGUGCCUGUCAACGAAGAAGCGAACGCUGAAGAAAACACCAUAAUUGGGCAUCAUUACAGCGAACAGGAGGGCAGAGAAGUUCCAACCGGAUUCUGCACUUCCGUUACACCGAUUUGACGACUACAUCGACGGGAAUCGUCGUUCCUAGCAGCGAGAUUCCGGACCGUUCAAGCUAUGUACACAGGCGAUGCCUGUCAACCACGAAGCAGUCAAGCUAGCAGAAACACCAAUCACUGGGAGAUUUGAUCACGAGAGCUAAAGGUGAGAAGCCUUCGCAAUACUGCUCCACCACAGCAACUCCGAUUGUGAGUCGACAGCAAGGAUUUCCGUACAUCCGUACGAGGUUCCACAAUGUUAAAGCUAUGUCCGCAGGCAAUGCCUGUCAACCAUGAGUACCACGCUCCAAAAACACGUAACAAACGGGAAAAUGGUAGAAAGUCAGGUGUGAUGAGCAACAACUUCUUUACGACUACCUCUCCACCUCGACAAAUCAGUCAGCUUUGUUGUAGACCACGAUCUUCGUCGGAAGAACUGAACGAUUUGCGAUAUCUUCACCCGGUCCGUCAGAAGGCCGAAGAGUAGCAAGUAGGAGAAUCAACAUGCGGUACCCAAACACUUCCAUCGCGCCAAGAGGUGUACCGUGAGCCGUUCGCCAAGCGGGAGAAAUGGCACCCUGUGAUUCUGGAAACGGAACACAGGUUUCUCGUCAAGGCACCAGAUGUAUUCUCUGAUAGGAGGAGUGGAGACCCGGAGAUCGACGACCAAACAUCGGUUCGGCGCGGAGUCGAAGCUUACGGCCACUAUCAGGCGCAGGGAGACAGCAACUGGAGAGCUUUGGGAGAGCAGGAGGAUGUAGCAAGAAGCCUACAGCGGGCGCGGGAAAUUGGAACCCUGAAAACCAUCGUGAGUAGGGAGGCUCCAAAUACCAGGACGAAGACACGCCAAACACCAGGACGAAUCGACAGCCUACUGAAGGCGAGGGAGACUGGGACCCUGAAAACAGCAGUGAGUAGGGAGGCUCCAGAUACCAUGUCAAAGAGCGCCGCAACCAUCAGCCUACAGCGGGCAAGGGAGACGGGGACCCUGAAAACAGUAGUGAGUAGGGAGGCUCCAGAUACCAGUACAGAGAGCACAGCAGUCAUCAGCCUACAGCGGGCGAGGGAGACUGGGACCCUGAAAACAGCAGUGAGUAGGGAGGCUCCAAAUACCAGAACACAGAGCACAGCAAGCACCAGCCUACAGCGGGCAAGGGAGAUUGGGACCCUGAAAACAGCAGUGAGUAGGGAGGCUCCAAAUACCAGGACGAAGAUAACAGCGAUCAUCAGCCUACAGCGGGCAAGGGAGAUUGGAAACCUGAAAACAGCAGUGAGUAGGGAGGCUCCAAAUACCAGGACGAAGAUAACAGCGAUCAUCAGCCUACAGCGGGCGAGGGAGAUUGGGACCCUGAAAACAGCAGUGAGUAGGGAGGCUCCAAAUACCACUACUAGGAACGCAGCAAAUCAUCACCCACACCGAACGAUCAACACGCGGUACCAAAACACUUCCAUCGCGCCAGGAGGUGUACCGUAAGCCGUUCGCCAAGCGAGAGAAAUGGCACCCUGUGAUUCCGGAAACGGGACGCAGGUACCUCGGCAAUGCACCAGAUGUAUUCUCUGAUAGGAGGAGUGGAGACCCGGAGUUCGACGACCAAACAUCGGUUCGACGCGGAGUUGAAGCUUACGGCCACUAUCAGGCGCAGUGAGACAGCAGCUGGAGAGCAUUGGGAGAGCAGGAAGACAAGCAGGCAGCCUACGAAGGGCGCGGGAGAUUGGGACCCUGAAAACAGCAGUAAGUAGGGAGGCUCCAAAUACCACCAAGAAGAGCGCAGCACAUAGCCUACAGCGGGCGAGGGAGACUGGGACCCUGAAAACCAUCGUUGAGUAGGGAGGCUCCAGAUACCAAACGAAUAGAACAUUGAAUGAAGCGCAACAACAUCCGAGGAACUCUCACACCGAAACACCAAGUGGUCAUGCCGUUAGCCGAUCGAGACAAAUCGAGCCCAUCAUCAAGAAUUCGACCACCCUCACCACACAGAGCUAUGAGUGGCACCACUACGAAGGAACAAAAUACGAUCUCGGCAAUCCAAGCACAUCCACGACUGGAUGGUGCACACGAACCCUCAAGUUUUUCCAGUCAAUUCGAAUGCGUGGCCAAGGGUUAAAGAUCUGGGGGUCGUCAUGAAAUCUUCAUCCCAAAAGUAACGCGACCAGGGGCGCGGUAAAACCCUAUUUCUCGGGCUCAUGACGAUUUAGAUUAGUAAAUGUUUCUUUUCUCAGAAAAUACGCACAAACCAAUACAAACCAAUUUUGUCCAUAGAUAUAGUCGAUACACAAAGUUUCUUAAUGCUUAGUGUACAGUUAAGCCUAUUUAGCAGAUACCAUAGGCUAGAAUCCGAUUUGAAAGUUUUGCCGUAGGAUUCGUGGAAGUUGGACAUGGACUUUGGUCAGAGACGAUUUGAGAGGUCGAAGAUUUUGCCAGGCGUAGCUGGCGUGAAGUUUAGUCUAGCAUUUAGAUUAUGCAGUUUGGAGGAUAGAGAAGAUUUGGCAAGCGACCAAGGCUUGCGUAUGAGUUUGGUUUUAGUUAAGGAAACGAUGUAACUUGAGGUCUGCUCAAGAGUUAGGUUGACCGACUUGUCUCUGACCAUCAUCCUAGGAGGAUGAGUAAUGAUUUUGUGAAUUUUUCAUAAAUCGUUUGAUCACCGAUUUAUGAAAAAUUCUUCCGCUACGGUAGAGUUGUGUUACGUUUAAGUCUAUUCAGUACGCUAUAGCAUCAGAGCUCUUAUGAGAAAUACAACAUUAUAUGUAAUUCUAAAUAUAAGAACAGAAACAAGAUAUAAUUUCGCUCCGUGCAGUUGGUUCGAAAACCAACCGUCAGUUUAAACGCACCAAAAACGCAAAGUCCACAAAUGCGUCUGUCAUCGGUUCGGCAUGCACACACAUGGAAAAGCGCAGUCGCGGGAAGUACAGACCGGACAGACAGAGCAAAUCGAUUCGAUCAUUCAUCGUCAGCAUCCCGAUCGGCACGCAGGCCGAAAGCAAGUGUCCGCGAGUGAAUUGAUCUGGUGAAAACCGCGUGGCCGUAAAAUACAUAAUUUCGGUCUGGGCAAGUGGAAAAGUGUCCUCUCUUGCACCACCUCCGGGGAUUCGCUUCGCUGGGCAGGAAAGAACCCAGAUUCAACAAGUGCACGAGUGUUACCCGAGUAACGGGGGCGGCGGAAAAGAGCAUUCUCCGAACGAAGCCGGAUCUCAGACCGCGCGCCGGCAGUACGGAAAAGGUCAGAACACGGAACGCUCACCCGGUGGACGGAAAAAUAGCCGACGAAUGCAAAUAAAAUUCGCCGACUGUAAGGUAAGGUACGAUGACGUAAUGUGGACGAGACGAAAGGUAACCUAACCUAUAAACUCCCACCAGCUGGCUGCGGAAGUGUCAGAAGGACCAAACGACGCUGGAAGAUUGAUCCGUUGUGAACCGAUCACUAGACACAGAGCGACGGAGGGGGCGCGACGAAGAGCGACGGCAUCAGGUAACUUCGAUGAACGACUCCUGCUGGACGCAGAUUCCUAACCCUAAAUUGAAUUUGCAGAUCGCGGGACCUCUACGGAAAGCUGCGAUAAUCCGGAACAGCUGGAGGUACAGCUGUGACUCCUUCCGAAAGAUCAGGAAGCGAACGACGACUGGUGGAAGUUCGUCGGACCGCGAAGGAACCAACAUCCAUUUGGUGCAGCCGAAGGCACGGAUGCGAUUGCUGGCGAAGACCCGAGCCAGAGGAAGAACCCCAACUGGGGUUCUUUUCCGGGACUGAUCGCCACGUCGAGGUCGAGGGAACAGAGGACAGCGCGUCGAACAUCCGGACUCACGCACUCCUGGCACACGGUAGUCCGCGACGACCGCUCGCAUUCGGGGGCGCCGAAACAAGCUCGAAACCACCAGCUCGGAAAGGAGGACCACUGCUGCGCGCUGCGGAAAAGUUACGUCGAUACGGGAGGUGCUUCGACGACGAUCGUAGCACGAUGGAGGGCUACCUCAAGUGCAUGAUCGCUGCUGGACGUACGUAGAGCAAGGUGCUCGGUACCGUGAGUACCCGAAUCUAAUAGGAUUAAGACAAAUCAACAUGUUAGCGCUUAAGGAGAUGAUGGACAGAUCUGU